UAGGCGGGGGCAUCGUCCAUGUGGGCGUCAUGCUGUGGGCUGCUGAACGAGGUGAUGGGCACAGGGACGGUGCGCGGGCAGCAGCCAGGAUUUGGGGCCGGGACGGGGCCCUUCCGCUUUGCCCCCAGCGCCGGCUACUCCACAUAUCCCCCCACCAGCUCAGGGAGUGCAGGUCAGCUCUGCAAGGCCUGUGGACUGGCCUUCUCUGUCUUCAGGCGCAAGCACAUAUGCUCGGACUGUAAGAAAAGUUUCUGCGCCCUGUGCUCGGUGCUGCAAGAGAGCCUCCGCUGCUGCACCACCUGCCACCUCCUGCGCGGAACGGCCUUCCAGAGACCACAGCUCAUGGCCCUGCGUGUUAAGGACCUACGCCAGUACCUGCUGCUGCGCAACAUCCCUACAGACACCUGCAGGGAGAAGGAAGACCUGGUGGACCUGGUGCUCUGCCACCAGGAAGCUGGAGAAAACACCUUGACACAAGGAGGUGUAGAGGAAGAGGAGGAGGAGGAAGAAGAAGAAGAAGAUGAGGAGGAUGCAGACACAGACAGCCUGCACUCGCUCCCUCACUCCCUCCACGCCUCGCCCCCCUCAGCCGCACACCGCUCCGCUUCGGAGCAGUCGUCUCUCUCCACCUCGGAGCAGUCGUCUCUCUCCGCCUCUCAAGGAGACUCUCCUCUCAGCCGGAGCGACAGCUCAGGGACCGCUCAGAGCCAGCAUGGGGGAGCUCCGAGCAUCCCACUCCUUCACCUGGAACCUGCCAGUGAACCUAUCAUAGAGGUCAGUCCAGUGAUACAGAGGAGGAUACGGGCCUCUCUAUCUGACCUGGACAACGAAGGGGAUAUUGAGAGCCUGUCUGUCCGGCAGCUCAAAGAGAUUCUGGCCCGUAACUUUGUCAACUACUCUGGCUGCUGUGAGAAGUGGGAGCUGAUAGAGCGGGUGCAUCGGCUCUACAGGGAGAACGAACAGAACAGGAAGUCCAUGGAAAAUGUCAGCAACAUCAACAGCAUGUCUGCAGACAGUGUAAAGGCUCAGCUGGCCUCUGAUGACCACCUAUGUCGCAUCUGCAUGGACGCUGUGAUCGACUGUGUGCUGCUAGAGUGCGGUCACAUGGUCACCUGUACCAAAUGUGGGAUGAGGAUGAGCGAGUGCCCCAUCUGCAGGCAGUACGUGGUGCGGGCCGUGCACGUCUUCAAGUCUUAA